AUGACUAUUAAAACGUCAAAGCCCAUUCCUGAAUUUCCCACCUUUGGUCUACUUCCAAAAGAGGAAACUGAAGCUGCUGCUUUUAUGAAAAAAUAUACUGAAUUUGAUGGUCGUGGAACUGUAAUUGCUAUAUUGGAUACAGGUGUCGAUCCUGGUGCAGUAGGUCUACAAAAAACUACUGAAGGAAAACAAAAAAUCAUUGAUAUCAUUGAUUGUACUGGUUCCGGUGAUGUUGUUACAAAAACUAUCAUGAAACCAUGUGUAAAGAAAGAUUCUAAGGAGACCUUGUCCACCAUACAAGGGUUAUCAGGUCGAACGCUUAUCAUUGAUCCAACUUGGGACAAUCCUUCCGGCGAGUUUCAUGUUGGCGUAAAGAAAGCUCACGAACUAUUCCCGCAAAAAUUAAUCACAAGAUUAACAAAAGAGCGUCGUCACAAAUUUGAAUCUGAACAUCAUAAACUUCUUGCUGAAGUGCAACAAAAGCUCGCUAAUUUGGAGGAAACACACACUUCAUCAACACCGACAGAAGCUGAUAUUGCUAUUAAAUCAGAUCUUGAAGCUAGGGUUGAAGUUCUUAAAGAUGCAUUAAAGAAUUAUGAUGAUCCAGGCAUCAUUUUAGAUAUAGUAGUAUUCAAUGACGGAAGCGAUUGGAGAGUUGCAAUUGAUGUGGAUGAAUGUGGCGACUUACGAGGAGUACCACUUUUAACUGAUUAUCGUAAGGAAUAUCAAUAUCAAACAUUUAGUCAAGAGGACAUGCUUAAUUACUCUGUUAAUAUUUAUGAUGAUGGGAAUAUUGUCAGUAUUGUCACACUAGCUGGCGAUCAUGGAACGCAUGUUGCUGCUAUCACUGCGGCAAAUCAUCCCGACGAUCCAGCACUAAAUGGGGUCGCUCCAGGUGCACAGAUCGUUUCUCUUAAAAUUGGUGAUACUCGUUUAGGAAGUAUGGAGACAGGAGUUGGAUUGGCUAGAGCGGCUAUAGCACUUGUUGAGACUAAAUGUGAUCUUGCUAAUAUGAGUUACGGUGAACCAUCCUCCGACCCGGACUCUGGUCAUUUUCUUUAUUUGAUUCGUGAAGUGGUCAGCAAAUAUGGAUGCCUUUUCAUAUGCAGCGCUGGAAACAGUGGACCCGCUCUGAGUACUACAGGAUCACCCGGUGGUACAUCAAGUGACAUGAUCGGUGUUGGAGCUUAUGUUAGUCACUCAAUGACUCAAGCCGAAUAUGCUCUCCUUGAAUCUGUUCCUGAACGAGCCUACACGUGGAGUUCUCAAGGCCCUUGCACUGAUGGUUAUAUGGGUGUUACAAUAUAUGGUCCUGGAAGUGCUAUAACGUCAACACCCGUCUAUAGUUUGACAAAGUCCCAAUUAAUGAAUGGUACAUCGAUGUCUUCCCCUAACGUGACAGGAUGCAUUGCAUUACUUUUAUCUGGUCUCAAAGCUGAAGGCAAACUGUACACACCAUUCAGGAUUAAAAAUGCCAUUGUAAACAGUGCCAAAAAGCUUAAUGAGAAUUUUGGAGUAGGAUUCAUCCAAGUACAAAAAGCAUGGGAUUAUCUUGUUACUUAUUAUGAUCGAGAAGAUCAAGAUAUCUCCUUCGAGGUUAAAUUACCAAAUAAGCGUGGUAUUUACUUGAGAGAAGAACAUCAGACUUCAAGUGCUCAAUUAAUUGGUGUAACUGUUAAACCAAGGUUUAUGCAAGAAAUCGAACCAACUUCAGGAGAAAACAAUAUGAAGAAAUUUGAAUUUGAAACUCGAUUGGCGUUAGUUAGUACACAACCUUGGGUUCGUUGCCCGGAUUUCUUGUUAAUGGGCAGUAAAGGAAGAUCCUUUGAUGUCAAAGUCGAUCCGACACAAUUAAACCCUGGCGAAUUUGAUUAUGGUGAAGUUCAAGGUUACGAUACAACUUGUCCGGAUCGUGGACCUUUAUUCAGAGUACCAGUUACUGUUACCAGGCCUAUUAUCUUAUCUAAUGGUUCUAAGGUGACCUUUGAUAACUGGUCAUUUGGUCCUGGCCAUAUCGAAAGGCGAUUUAUCAAGGUUCCUGAUGGUGCAACAUUUGCUGAUUUGACUAUAAAGUUUUCAACAACUAAGCCCACCUCGCCAGCACGCUUCCGGUUACAUAUGAUGCAAUUAUUACCACAAAAAAGAUUCACAAGUCAUGAAGUGGCAAAUUAUUUCUUCCUUGGUCAGGGUAGUUAUGGUGAUGGUAACGGAGAAGAACAAAUCGAGAAAAAAAGAUUUGCUGUUCGUGGAGGAAUAACAUUAGAGGUUUGUCUAGCCCAAUUUUGGUCCAAUUUGGGAAAUCACACGGUAUCGUUAGACCUUACUUUUCACGGCAUUCAAAUUGCUAAUAAUACAACUAAUGGUGGAGAUACUAUAUACAUCAACGGCGGUGAUGCGUUCACUCGGAUAGAUGUUGUGGCGCCAGUUCGAAGGGAGGAUGAAGUCAAUCCUUCGAUUAUGUUAGGUGAUUAUUUGUUUCUUUACAUUAUCGAUUCAGAAUUGAUUCUUGAAUAUUCAUUGAAACCAUUGAGUCCUGAUCGAGAUGUACUUCCAAAUUCUCGAAGAGUGUACAGUCUUACGCUAACCUACAAGUUUAAUACAACCGAAAAGAACACAAACGUUUCACCUAAAUUCCCUGCUUUCUCUAAUUUAUUAUAUGAUUCUUAUUUUGAAGACUUCUUUGCAAUCGUUCUUGGUUAUAUUGAUAUUUAUGACAAGAAUAUUAAGUUAGAACUCAAAGGAGAUUAUGUCAUUCAGGCUCAAGUACGUCAUCAUUCUCCAGAACUCUUGGAAAAACUAAAUAAUACAGUAUGCUUCUUGGAAUCCAAUCUUUCGAAAAAAAUUAACCUUGAAGUAUACAAUCACAUAUCUGAAGUGUUUAACUCAAAUAAAUCAACGGCUAGCAAACGUUCCUUGGAGAAAGGUUGUAGAAUAGCAUAUUUCAUUGGAUCACCAUUUGAUUAUUCUAUUUAUCCUAAAGAAGCUAAAACUGGUGAUAUAUUAGUUGGAAAACUUAACUUUGUGAAUUCGAUUAAGGUUGAGGGUGGUCAAUAUAUCGUCAAUUUAUUGGUUCCACCUGCUCCUGCUAAGGUUAAAGAUUCUACACCAAAUGGAGGUGGAGAUGAUGGAAAAGAAAGUUCAAGCAAUGGUGAAUUUAAUGAGGCUUCUAAAACCGAGAAAACCAAAGAAGAAAAGGCGGCUGACAAUUUAACUGAAGCUAUUCGUGACUUACAAAUUUCACAUUUGAAAAAAUUUCCGGUUGAAUCUAAUCAACGUGCUGAAUUACUUGCAGAGCUAGAAAAUAAUUAUCCAACACAUUUACCAAUCUUUUUGACCAAACUUGAGUUAUUAUUAGAAUCUGAUACCAGCAGUGGGACUAUGUCUCCCGAAACUGCUAACAAAGUUUUGGAAGUUGCAGAUGAAAUACUAAGUAAGAUCGAUUUAAGAGAUUUAGCCCAAUAUUAUGGCGUUAAACAAGAAACAAAUAUUAAUGAAGCAGCUAAAAAGAAGAAGAAAGAGUAUGAUGAAAACAAAAAGGCAGUCAUAUCAGCUCUACGUGCGAAAGUUCAUGCGUUGGAAGUUCUUGCAAGUGAAUCAUCACUAUCAUCUAAUGUUGCGGCAGGACAAUUUGAAGAUACUUAUAAGGCACUUGCACAAUGGUGGGAUACAACAGUACCAACUUUAGAUUUUAAAAAUUUACUUGUUUACAUUAUUCGUGAACGUCGCGCAGGACGAUAUGGCAAUGCACUUAAGGCACUUAAUAAGUAUUUGAAUGAUAUCAGUCUCACUAAUGAUACUUUAAAAGAUUUCGAAAAAGCAUUAGGGAUAAAAAUGGAAUUAUUUAAAGAAGCUGAAUGGACCAUUUGGGAAAACUAUGAAAGGAAGACAAAGCUUAUUAGAAUCCCUCCGGGUGGUUACGCACCAUUUUAA